GAUAGGUUGUUGGCAGAGUCAGAAAAAACUCCUUAUAUUGCAGCCAAAUUAAGUAGAGCUGAAAUUAAGAAAGUUAGGUGGGGAGCAAAUACGUAGAAGGUUCAAGGAAGUUGCUUAUCCGAUAGCAAUCAUACGCCUCCUGUUGAUAUGUUUUUCUACUUUUAUUUUUCUUGAGAAGGCUUCGUUCUAAUCUUCUUCUUCCACUAUUUCUCUAGUAUUGAAGCAGUCUGACGUUUUCAUUAGUUGUAGAGGUAGCAAGAAAGGGGAAAAACAUAGAAGAAGAGAAAUAGGAGAAAACAAAGUUUGGCUAAUUUAUAAUAGUCUAUAUAUGAAGUAGGAUGGCUUCUUCUUCUUCAUCCAUCACUGUUGGAGAAAAGAAGUAUGAUGUAUUUCUUAGUUUCCGUGGCGAAGACACUCGCAGCACAUUUACCAGCACUUUACAUGGAGUUUUGAACAGUUUUGGUAUAAAUGUUUUCAUUGAUUAUGAGCUUAACAGAGGAGAGAACAUUUCGCCAUCUCUCGAGAAUGCAAUUGAAGAAUCAAAGAUUUCAGUUAUUAUUUUUUCAGAAGGUUAUGCCUCUUCAAGAUGGUGUCUUGAAGAACUUGUGAAGAUAUUGGAGUGCAAGAAAACGCAAAAAGAGGUGGUAAUACCCGUUUUCUAUCACAUAGAUCCAUCGCAUGUGAGGAAUCAAACGGGAACUUUUGGGGAUGGAUUGGCUAAGCUUGUAGAAAGCUUUAACAAGGAGAAGUUAAAGAAGCUUCAAAUCACAGAAGAACAAUUGAAAGAUAAGGUGCAGAAAUGGAGGAAUGCUUUGACAGAAGCAGCUAAUCUAUCUGGCUGGACAUCACAAGAAGAACCGCAUGAUUAUCCGCUUGCACAGAAAGUAUGUAAGGAUAUUUUGGAGACAUUAAAUAUCAUGGCCCCAUGUGUUAACAAGAACUUGGUAGGAAUAGAACCAAUCAUUCUCAAAAUUGAAGAUUUGAUGAGAAUUGGGUUGAGAAAGGUUCUCGUUGUAGGAAUUUGGGGAAUGCGUGGUAUAGGCAAGACAACUAUCGCAAUUAGUGUAUUCAACAAAAUAAGGUGUCACUUUGAUGGUUCUUAUUUUGCUCGAAAUGUUUGGGAAGAAUCAUUGAGUCCUAAUGGGCUAAGUCAAAUCCGACAAGAACUUCUUUCUACGAUAUUAAGGCAAUCUGAUUUCGUUAUGAAUUCUAGCUUCACAAAAAAAAGGCUUGGUCGAAAAAAAGUUCUUAUUGUUUUUGAUGAUGUGACGAGUUUAAGCGAAGUAGAAUAUUUAAUCGAAGAUAUCAAUUGCUUGGCUCCUAAAAGUCGAAUCAUUAUAACAACAACAGACAAACAAGUGCUUUACAAUUGUGGAGUGGAUGACAAUAAUGUAUACAAGAUGGAGGGGUUAUCUCAUAAUGAAGCCCUUCAACUUUUCAGCUGGUAUGCAUUUCGACAAAAUCGUCCAAGCUUAGAUUAUGGUGACUUGUCAAACAGGGUAAUAGAAUAUGCUAAAGGUGUUCCAUUAGCUCUUAAAGUGUUAGGUUGCUAUUUACUUGGCAAACCAAAACAAUUUUGGGAAAAUGCAAUAAAUAAAUUAAAAAUAAUUCCUCACGAGGAUAUUCACAAGAUACUAAAAAUAAGUUAUGAUGGACUAAAUGAUGAUCAGCAAAAUAUAUUUUUAGAUAUUGCAUGUUUCCUUAAAUGGGAGAAUAAAGAUUUUGUGAUAGACUUCUUGGAUGCUUGUGACUUCGAGGCUGAUAUAGGACUAAGUGUUCUCAUUGACAAGUGUCUUAUAAUCAUAUCAGAAGAUAACAAGAUAACAAUGCAUGAUUUACUUCAAGAAAUGGGAUGGGAAAUUGUUCGACAAGAAUCCACGAAAGACCCUGGUAAACGCAGUCGUUUAUGGUAUCAUAAAGAUAUCCAUAAUGUAUUGGAAAAAAAUAAGAUUUCUUAUGCAAUCGAAGGCAUAUGUUUAGACAUGUCUAAACGAGAAGAGAUUAUAUACUUACCACCUAAUGCCCUACGAAGAAUGCAUCAACUCAGAUUUUUUAAACUACAUAACUCACAGUAUGAAGAGAAUAAUAUCAAUAAGGUGCAUCUUUCCCAAGGGCUCAAUUCUAUUUCCACUGAGCUAAGAUACAUCGGUUGGCAUGGAUGUCCGUUGAAAUCAUUGCAGUCAAAUUUUUGGCCAAGGUACCUUGUUGCACUUGACAUGCCUUAUAGCAAUAUUGAACAACUUUGGUCUGGUGUGCAGCUUCAUAAUCUCAAGCAUAUUGAUCUUAGUUACUCUAAAUAUCUGAAGGUCCAAGAUCUCUCACUGGCCCCAAAUCUUAAAAAUUUGAUUCUACAAGGUUGUACAAGUUUAUAUGAGAUUUCCUCAUCUAUUCAUGGUCUCAAUUAUAAGUUUCUUAUCUUAAAUCUAAAGCACUGUAAAAGCCUUAGUAGUCUCCCAACAGGCAUUAGUCUAAAAUCUCUUAUAAAAGUUAUCUUUUCCGGCUGCUCAAAUCUUAAGAAGUUUCCACAGAUCUCAUGGAAUAUAAAAUGGUUAUAUUUAGAUGAAACUGCAAUAGAGGAGUUACCGUUGUCAAUAAAGAAUUUAUCCGGACUAGUUGUACUGAAUCUUAAAGAUUGCUCGAUGCUUGAGAGGCUCCCAAGCGACAUCUGCAAGUUGAAAUCUCUGAAACAUCUCAAUCUCUCAGGGUGUUUAAAACUUCACGGAUUACCUGAUGAAUUAGGAAAUUUAGAAUCUUUGACGGUGCUCAGAGCAGAGAGGGUCGCUACAAGAGAAGUACCAACAUCCAUUCUAAAUUUGCGCUGUCUAGAAGAACUAGAUUUGACCAACUGUUGUAUUAAGGAGUUGCUGGAUAAUCUUGGUCAGUUAUCCUCACUAAAACGUUUACUUCUUGGCAGAAACUUCUUUCAGAGCAUUCCAGAAAGCAUUGUGGAGCUGUCAAAAUUAUCUUAUCUUGACUUAAGCUAUUGCGAGAGGCUUCAAAUCCUACCCAAGCUUCCAAGUAAAUUAGCAAUUAUAAAUGCACACAAUUGCACAGCAUUGAGAGGAUUAACAAUUUUGUCAUCUCCAUUCGGCAGACGUUUUCCUCAAUGCGUUAGUUUCAACUUCGGCAAUUGUUUCAAACUGGAUCAAAAUGCUUGCAGUAAAACUAUUGAAGAUAUUUUACUGAAAAGACGCUUUACUCGGGAAAAGGCACCUCCUUCAGAUAGUGGUUGUAUCUGUUUCCCUGGAAGUGAAAUUCCGGGGUGGCUUAUCUGUCAAAGUGUAGGAUCUAUUAUAACCUUGGAGCAACCAAAAAGUCCUUACUUUGAUGACACCGGUGCUCUUUUUUUCGGCGUUGUUGUGGAGUUUCGAAACUUCCAUAAUAAAAGCCAAGGUCUGGAAGUUGGCUGUGAAUGUAUGCUCACAAGUAAAGAUGGUGAAACGGAAUCCUUCCAUGUCAGUUUAAGGUUUUGGAAUUGUGGCACUAGACCUGACUAUGUGGACUCAGAUCAUGUAUUCCUGGGAUAUGGUCCUGCUACCGAGUUGUCCAAGUCACUUUGGCAAAAUAUUUUCCAUAAAAAAUAUUGUGAAAUGACCAUCCGAUUUUAUGUUGAGGAUUUAAUUCCUGGAAGAGUAGAUUUUUACCCCGUGAAGAAGUGUGGAGUUUGGUGUCCGAACUUACAGUUAAUGACAAGGGAAGAGAAACCUGAGUCCAAGAGAUUGAAAGGUUCAAGUUUCUAUGGUGGAGAAUCCAGCUCAUGGUAAACAAGAUGCUUAGUUUCCUUUUCCUUUAUAUCACCUCAAAGUAAAUAAAGUAAUGUCAAUCUUUUUAAGAAUUCAUUUUGCUUGGUUAUUGAGAAAUUUAUAUUGAAUAGAAUAGCUAUACUACCUUUUAUAUAUAUAUAUAUAUAUAUAUAUAUAUAUUCACUACCAUAAUAUCAUUUGCUUUUACUUGUUUGGUUUUUACGACUUCUUUAUCAUCUCGUCAAAAAUUGUUUGACGGCGAUGACAAAUUGUGUAGUCUGGAUUUGUUUGUUAUUAUUCUCUUUUCACCUGCAACCGAAAUGACACUGUUGUGUACCCUCUUAAGGUAAAACACAAGUUUUCUCUUGCUUUAAAAUGUUAGCAUCCACUUUUGGCAACAAGAAACCGAAGAUAGCAAUUUUCACGAACGGUUAUGUUUGUGGAAAAAGGCUGAAUUGGUUUUCUCAAGAUUCAUUCUAUUUUCUUACUAACUUCCUAUUAAUGUUAAAAUUGUUUAUUGAGUUUGAUUUUUUUUAUGCCGUACACAAUGGGGAAGAUGAUGAAUUGGAAUUGGCGAAGUAGAGGCUCAGCAUUUUGGUUCUGACGAUGUUCAGAGGGAAAAUACUUAAAAACCUUCUGGUGAGGUGUUCCUGCAGAUACAGAAAACAUUCGGAGAUCUACCGAAUUAACUCCUUUAAUUCUGGUGAAGGGAGUGCUAAAACUUGCAAUAUUGGUCCAAAAAUAGCUGGGAAAAGCAUUCAGCUUUAAUAAGACUACCCGAGUUCAUUUGUUAAGAGUUUGAUUAGACUUUGAUUCAGUUAAUUGUCAAACCCAGAGGAAGUUUGAUAUUAGACUUUGGGGUGUGAUCAAGCUGAAUUAAUUCUUACUUGUAGACUUUUCUUUUCUUUUCUUUGAUCGUAAUGUCUUUCCCAAAAGCCACGCAGGUUUCAUUUCCUUCA